AUUUGAUGAUUUAUCUUUCAAAAAUUUAAUUAAAUUUUUAGACAUCUCUGAUGCAAAAAGCUAAGUUAAAAACCCAAAGCAAGAUUGUAACAAGAAUAACGAACAACCGAAAACAUGUCUCAUUCUCUUUCUCACCAAUGCUAUCUUCAAACACUCCCGCCAAUAUCCCAUAGCUCAUCCUUCAACUGCCACCACAAACCGCCGCAAAAAGCCAACGGUUCCAGACGGAGUCCAAAACUAUACAUCACUUGUGCCCGUGGAAACAACAGACCUUCUACGCCAAACAAAGACGAUUACCAUGGCACUCUCAAAGCUCUCAACUCCAAAGGCAGAUCCCCAAGAAAAUCUCUCGGACAGAAUUAUAUGUUGAACUCUGAGAUAAAUGAGCAGCUUGUUGGUGUGGCUGGUGUUCAGGAAGGUGAUGUGGUGCUGGAAAUUGGACCGGGAACUGGUUCCUUGACCAAUACUCUUAUAAACUCGGGUGCAGUUGUUCUUGCGGUUGAGAAGGAUAAACAUAUGGCUGCCCUCGUAAGUGAAAGAUUUUCAAGUACAGGGAAGUUGAAGGUUUUGAAUGAGGAUAUUGUCAAAUGUCACGUGCGCUCUCAUAUAUCAUCACUGCAUGAAAACGCAAAGGAAAUAGAUUCAGAUAAUAGAAAAGCAAAAGUGGUUGCCAACAUUCCUUUCUAUAUCAGUACUGAUGUGAUCAAACUACUACUUCCAAUGGGUGACAUUUUCUCAGAAGUGGUUCUAUUACUUCAGGAGGAGACUGCCCUGCGUUUGGUGGAACCAUCACUCAGGACCCCUGAGUAUCGUCCCAUCAAUAUAUUUGUUAAUUUUUACUCAGAUCCUGAGUACAAAUUUAAGGUCGAAAGAACAAAUUUUUUCCCUCAGCCUAAUAUUGAUGCAGCCGUUGUCUCAUUCAAACUGAAGCAACCAUCCGAAUAUCCCCAAGUAUCGUCGAGUAAAAGCUUCUUUGCAGUGGUUAAUUCAGCAUUCAAUGAGAAGCGCAAGAUGAUACGCAAAUCACUACAGCAUAUAUGCACUUCCCUUGAGAUAGAAGAAGCUUUAGAGAGCAUAGGUCUUCUUAGUACUUCAAGGCCUGAAGAACUGACAAUGGAUGAUUUUGUAAAACUGCAUAACCUAAUUACCAAAGAGUAGAAGCUUGCGUUUCCAUGGAAUUGAAGACCAAAUUCUCUAGCAGAAGAAGGUCCCAAAGAUUUCCACAUUCACAAGGCUCUUUGUUGUAGCAGCAGAUAGAUUAUUCAAACAGAGAACUGAAGUACAUUGUGAGUCAUGAUGACAUCUCAGCUUAAGAAUAUAAUAGAAUCACAACAAUUUUCUUCUACUAAUGUAUCAAGAAUAGCGGCAUGAUAUUCAAAUAUGAUAGAAACU